CUAGUUGUACAAUCAAUCGCUGCAGUACCCGCGACCCGAGCGGCCGCAUCGCUCGUCCCCCGCGUAUCCUCAAACCACGUCAUGUACCGAACUAUAUACGAACACACAACACUAUAACAAAAAAUAACAACACCAAAAGUGACUCAAAGUGACAAAAAAAAAGUUCAGUGACAAACCAAAAACGAUAACACAUCACAAUGGGCACCAUGUUCCGCAGCGAGGAGAUGGUGCUGUGCCAGCUGUUCGUGCAGCCGGAGGCAGCGUACGUCUCCAUGUACGAGCUGGGAGAGGCUGGCAUAGCACAGUUUAGAGAUUUAAACCCCCACGUGAACGACUUCCAAAGGCGUUACGUAAGUGAGGUGCGUCGCUGCAGUGAAAUGGAACGCAAGCUGCGCUGGGUGGCCGGAGAGCUGCCGGAACCGCCUCCUCCGCCUAAACCCGACAGAUGCAGUCUCAGUCCCAGGGAGAUUAAUAUACUUGAGGAGAGGAUCGACUUCAUCGAAUCAGAAAUCCAGGAGAUAACUCGAAACGCACGCAACCUUAAGAGCGAUUACCUGUCUCUUAUAGAACUAAAAACAUUGAUCGAAAAGAUGCAGACAUUUUUCCAAGACCACAGUGCCCAACGCAAGAUCUCAGCUUCAGUACAAAUAUAUAACAACGAUGCGGUGUUAGGCCAUCUUGGAUUCAUAGCUGGGGUGGUGACCACGGCGAGAAUACCGGCCUUUGAGAAAAUGCUCUGGAGAAUAUCCCAUGGAAACAUCUUCUUUAAGCAGGCGCAAAUUGAUGAGCCUUUGAAGGAUCCUAUUACGGGUCACGAACUACAGAAGACAGUGUUCGUGGUAUUCUUCCACGGCGAGCAGAUCAAGCUCCGCGUGAAGAAGGUCUGCCAUGGAUUCAAGGCUACUCUCUACCCUUGUCCUGCUACAUAUAAGGAUCAGUUGGACAUGCUUGCUGGAGUUGGCACCAGGAUCAAGGAUUUGGAAAUGGUGCUAGAACAAACAGAGAACCACCGUCGCCUAGUGCUGACAAACAUCGCGCGAGACAUCAGCACCUGGAUGGUGGCCGUCCGUAAGGAGAAGGCAAUCUACCACACACUGAACAUGUUCAGUAUGGAUAUUGUGAAGAAAUGUCUGAUUGCCGAGUGUUGGGUGCCGCGGAGAGAUCUGACUGUGGUGCAGAAGGCGCUAGAGAAUGGCGUGAAAGCUAGUGGCAGUCCGAUCCCAUCGAUCCUACACUAUGUACCAACACACGAGACGCCUCCGACUUUCAAUAGGACGAACAAGUUCACCAGGGGUUUCCAGAACCUGAUUGAUUCCUAUGGAAUUGCCAGCUACAGAGAAGUCAAUCCAGCAUUAUACACGAUCAUAACAUUCCCGUUCUUAUUCGCCGUAAUGUUCGGGGACGUCGGCCAUGGGAUCAUCAUGACAGCCUUCGCCGCCAUCCUAGUCAUUUACGAAAAGAAAUUCUCCAAAGUCCAGACAGAUAACGAAAUAUGGAACAUAUUCUUUGGCGGACGAUAUAUCAUUCUUCUCAUGGGAAUAUUCUCUAUAUACACUGGGCUUAUAUACAAUGACAUGUUUUCGAAAUCGCUGAAUAUAUUUGGAACCAGUUGGCGGAAUGUCUAUGAAGAUGGGGUUCUACAGAAUCAUACUAUGUUAGAAUUGGAUCCAAAGACGGCUUAUACACAAACGCCUUAUCCGUUUGGGUUGGACCCUGCUUGGCAGUUCGCAUCAAACAACAUAAUAUUCCUAAACUCGUUCAAGAUGAAACUAUCGAUCAUAUUCGGCGUGAUCCAUAUGGCGUUUGGUGUAACUAUGAGUGUGGUAAACUUCAAUUUCUUCAAGAAGCAAGAGAUGAUAUUUCUGCAGUACAUACCGCAGAUUUUGUUUUUGCUGCUGCUGUUUUGGUACCUGUGUUUGCUGAUGUUUAUGAAGUGGAUCAUGUACUCGGCUGUGGCCGAAGACCCAGCAUCAGGCACGUCUUGCGCUCCAUCAGUGCUGAUCAUCUUCAUCAACAUGAUGCUGCUAAAGAGCUCUGAAGACAAGCCUCCCUGUCGUGCAAUGAUGUACGACGGUCAGGAUCAAGUGCAGAAGACCUUCCUAGCUAUAGGAUUCUUGUGUAUACCAGUCAUGUUGUUUGGGAAGCCGGUGUAUAAGAUGAUUAUGGCUAAGAAACGGAAGCAAUACCAACAAGGCGUGGAGACAGGCGAGGAAGUAGAGAAGGAAGGACACGACGGUGGCAUGGCGGAGGAGCUGAUCACGCAGUGCAUCCACACCAUCGAGUAUGUGCUCGGCGCGGUGUCGCAUACAGCGUCGUAUCUACGUCUGUGGGCGUUGUCGCUGGCUCAUGCGCAGCUAUCAGCAGUCCUCUGGCAGCGAGUCCUGAUCAUGGGUAUGGGAUACCCGGGCGUGAACUCGCUGAAGUUGUACGUGAUAUUCGCGGUGUGGGCGUUCUUCACGCUCGCCAUACUCGUGCUCAUGGAGGGCCUGUCUGCCUUCCUACAUACGCUGCGGUUGCAUUGGGUGGAAUUCAUGAGCAAAUUCUACGAAGGUCAAGGGUAUGCCUUCGCGCCGUUCUGCUUCACUGACAUCUUAGAAAAUGAGGACGAUGAGCGCAAAGCAGCUGCCGAGACCAAUGGCGGUCCACCGGAGUGACCUCAAGACUAAUUAGGAUAAGUAGCCCAUGGAGAACAAAAUGACUAGCGGAGAUGCCAUAACGGAAAAUGUCCUAAUAGCGCGCAAAAUGCAAGUGUGCGAAAGUAUGAGGUAGUUACUGUCUCCUUCUGUAAUACCAAAAAUCGUUGACAGAUAUCUUAAAGAAUUCUGGUCGGAUUCUUUCCUCGUUAGUUCACUCGUAACUGAUCGUUUUGGUCUGGCCCGCCGUACUUUGACCUAGAAGAAGGCGCCUGACCUGCCUGCAUUAUGGCAUCUCCGCUCAUCUUUCCUCACUCCGUGAAGUAGCCACUCAUACCACCUGAGAAGGUGUUCGGCUAUGCUGGUGAUGUUGGAAGCUAGGUGUACUGUCAGUCGCGAUGUGUUAUAAUUCCCUUUGUGGUUUUGGUGUAAAAUUGGUUGGGGUUUUUUUGGUGUUUGAUGAUUUAGGGUUGGACCACAUCUGGCAAUGAAAAAUGGCAUGCCAAAUGGCAGUUCUAAGCGACAGAAAGAGAAAGAGCGACGGAAAAAGGCGAUUCCGUGCUGCCAGAUGUGGUCCAACCCUUAUGAAGUCUAAAAGUUGCUUGAUGUUAAAGAAUGUGUUUUGUGUUUAACAGAGGAGUCAAAUAUAAUUGUACAAGUGCCUUAAAGACACUAGUAAGCCAUAAAACUAGUUGCCUCCAAAGAGAUAAUUAAAAUUCUAGCAUAUAUUUUGCGAAAUAAGAUUUUUUGUGAAAGGGAUACGCGACUGGCAUACAACAGCUUUCAACAUUAAAAUUAGCUCUCGGAUAUUAUCAUUUACGUACAAAACAAAAUUUUAGAUAACUUAGAAACUUAGUCUUUCUGAAUUUGUUGCUAGAUUUUUCAGAAUUGUAAGUAGUGUAGGUGAAAUUUUAUAAUACUGACAGACAGGAAUGAGAACACCCUAUAUUUUGAGACAAAAUUAUCAACAACAUUUUAUUGACAGUGAAUUAUUCUAUUAAAGUAAUGAAUUAUAUUGAAUUUAUAAGAAUGAUUCUGAUAUCUACUAAAUUGUCUCUAAAUACAGGAUGUGAACAGUUGAAUGGUUCUAGCAAUUCCGAAAUAAACUAUUUUCGGAGUCUUUUAGUACAAAUUCGGAAUAAAAGACAUCAAUAUUUGAGUCAUGUGACGUGUGACAUGAACGAAGAGAUAUGAUAGUAUUCACUUAUGUUAUAAAUCACAAUACAAUAUUCUUUAAAUAUUUAAACUUUAGGCUAAGCGAAUGAUAUAUUUUUAUUUGUUUAAGUAAGUUUAUUGGACCGUUUGAUGCGCACUUGCUCUGUGAAAAUGCCGAAUUUUACUAUGGUUAAUAUUUUAGUUUGAAUCACAGGAAACAGUUAUCGGCCUACCCCAUUAUUUAAAUGAGAAUCAUAACUGAGCUGCAGAACUUUCAAUAAAUAAGGAUGGGGGCAAAGCUAUUCAACUUAACGAUAGAACGUUGAUGGACGACAAAACAUACAUCGGUACUUUUUCUGACAAUGACAUCUAUACAAAAAUGUCUGCCGAAUAAACUGAAGUAAGUGUAAAGAUGAGCUCAAUAUCUAUUCUUUGUCACAAAAUCCAAAGAAACUCAUUGCGAUAAUUAACUAAGAAAGAAAUACAGACACAGCCGGUAAUUAGUUCAAGGUAAAAAGAUCAUCGUACAUUCGAAAAUAGACGAGUGAAUUAGAGCACGGAGCGAGCGCGUACGAACGACAAUUUAUAUCUUAUUUUUAGCCAAAGAUACGUUUUCUUUAAAUUAUAUUAUAGCAUGUUUGUUGAGCGAUCGUUUCUCGUGUAAAUAUUACUAUAGUGCCUUCAAAACGAGCGAACUAUUAAGUAUUCACUCUUUAAAUAUUAUAAGGAAUGUUCCAUCUUUGUAAUUUUUAGUAAAUCGCAUGGAUAGUGAUAAUUAAUAUAAUUUUGUAGAAGAGAUGUGUUCACUAGUGUCACUGGUUCGAUUACAACAAACGAAUGAAAUAAAUCGAUGUCAACAGUCGACUAGUCGGUACAUCUCUAAUUAGUCACUUCGCUAAAGAUUCGGACAAAAACCUGAGUGCUUAGUGCGAGUUUUCGUGAAUUUUUUUACGGACUCACAUGAGAGCGCGUAUACUAAGAUUUGUAUGGAACAAAAACAGCUCCACCUAGUGUCAAAAAUUGGAACCUGUUUUUGUUCCAUACAAACAGUGUUGCCAACAGUUGUAGAAGCUUACCACCAGAGUCAACUUUUAAAACCACCAGAAAACCACUAACAAAAAUUUAUCCCACACUUAAAAUCACCAAAUUCACCACUAAAAAAAUAUUGUUUAUAUUUUAUUGUAACCUAAAACAAUUUAAUCAUCCAAAGAUGUAACUCGGCAACGAUAGAAAAUUAAAACAGACAAAGCAUUACAUCUGUUUAGCAAUUCAUCCGACCCGAUCCGAAUCCUUCACAAAUUAUAAUCGGCGUAGUAGUUUCACAAAUUGUUUAGUUACGCAUUUGACCAAUGAAUAAGUACUUAAUAUAAUUAUAUAGUAGUCGUUCACCUUUUUGUUUUGUAGAUGCUUUUUUGACAUUCCGUGAGACUUCAAAUCUCCAUAGUAACUCCUUAAAGCUGUACCACAAAACUUACAUUUCGCUACUUGACCCGCAGUACUUUCAACAUUUCGCCACUAAAUAGGGGACUUAAACCACCAGUAUUAGUGGAAAAUCCACUAAGUUGGCAACACUGCAUACAAAUCUUAGUAUACGCGCUCACAUGUGAGUCCGUAAAAAAAUUCACGAAAACUCGCACUAAGCACUCAGAUCUUAUUUUGAUGGUAUUUUAAAUAAUUUUAGACACCUGGCUUUUGUUAAAAGUCGGGAUGUUCAAUGUGAAACAAAGAUAUUUAUUUUAAUAAUCAUAAUAUUAUAGUUGGAUAUUAUAUUUUUUCUUGUUAGUUAUUUUUUAUUAUUUUGUUACUAACCUAACGGACCAAUUCGUGGCCUUAACAUAUUAUGAGACAUAUCAAUUUAUGAGUGAAAUCAAACUCUACUGUAUGAAACUUUGUAUAAGAGCUUUAUUAAAAUCCUUUAUCUACACGUUAACCAACGGCACGGUACGGCUACAUUUUACACUGAAAUAUUUACGCAGACAAACAGAUAAAUUUAUAACUACACUAUAAUACGCCAUUCCUCAAUAAACAGAUUUUGACCAUU